UAGAGACUUAUAAUUCAACAACUUAAUCGUGAGACUGAAGUUGCAGUAUCAGAGUUCUCAACUGCAGUUGCCAAUUUUGAGUUGGACAACGAAACGGUUGCCAAAAUGAAGCAACUUUUGAAGGAUUAUGAGAGAAAUGUGGUGGAGACAAAGGCAAGAGAAGAGGCUGGGAAAAUUAUGAUCCACAUGAAGGAUCGGUUUGCCAGUCUUCAAUUAUGAGAUUCAAUGCCUAGGGUUUGGACUGGGAAUGAAGACAUUAGAAGUAUUAGCAAGGAUGCACGAACUGUGUCUCUGAAGCUUUUGUCGACCAUGGCUGCCAUUCGCCUGGAUGAGAAGCCAGAUAAUAUUGAAAAUGGCCUCGUUUCUUCUCUCGUGGACGGGACUGAGGCUCACAAGCGGAGUAACAACGGGCUACCUCCGCCAUGGGCUACAAUGGCGAUGAUCGUUCUUGGUUUUAACGAAUUUAUGAUGCUUUUAAAGAACCCUCUCUACCUCAUGGUUCUAUUUGUUGCAUUUUUACUUUCAAAGGCCUUAUGGGUACAGAUGGACAUUACAAGCUCAUUCCCGGAGUCCUCAGUGUCAUCCAAUAUCUCGUCAUCAGAUACCGGCAUGGAAUACUCAAUCCCUCCUUUAAGACAAAGGCGAACGGCAAACGUUGAGGAAGUUGAAUCUUCAUGAUGUAUGAUCUCUGUUGUUUGUACCGUGUGCAUCAGAUUAAGGUCACUACAGUGCGAUAGUUUUCAUUCUUUUUUAUUUUGUUUUUUGUUUGUAGUUACUGAAAAUUUGAAAUAAAAAUAAACGGGGUGCCUGGUUUUACAAAUUAA